AGGAGCCAGUAGGAGGGAGGUGAAGAAGAAGAGGAGGAGGAGGAGGUAGGAAUAGUGAAAUUUUCACACAGAGGUGCGAGGCUGACAGAUCACUGCUGCCUUUGCUGUCCGCUUGGCUCGCAGCGAGUGAGGAAAUCGGGAUCAACUUUAAGGGACGAUGUGUGCUGACAGGAUGGUGAUGACGGACCUGUUGAAAGCUGAGGAGAUCAAGAAAGCUCUUGAUGCCUUUGCAGCAGACACGUUCGACCCGAAAAAGUUCUUUGACUUAGUGGGAAUGACAGCCAUGUCCGCCGAGAGCGUCAAGCAGGUCUUCCGAGUCCUGGAUGUGGACGGAAGCGGCUUCAUUGAAGAAGAGGAACUCAAGUUUGUCCUGAAGGGCUUCUCUGAUGACGGCAGAGACUUGACGGACGCUGAGACAAGCGCUUUCCUCAAAGCUGGAGACAAAGACGGCGACGGCAAAAUCGGGAUUGACGAGUUUGAAGCGAUGGUGCAUGAGUAGGAGACAGCAGGGCAUUCUCCUCCUCCUCUUCUCUGCAUCUAAGUUUGUACCAGCCACCAUCAAACUCCUCUCACCUCCCCGGGGGAAAAACCCACGCAUGGAGUACGACCGGCACACCUGCUACACCAGGCAUCGUUCCACAAAAAAAACGUUACUAAAUUUGAAUUUAAUGUUUCAUUCAGUAUCAAAUCUGUAUCAGGGUCCACAAUUAUCCUUGAUGAGUGCAUAAAGAUAGGGUGGUAGUAGUGAUGUUGUAUCCCAGCUCUCUUUAGGUUCUUUUGUCGUAUUUAUUUAAUGUCUUCCCACCCUUCAUCCACCUCUUGAUGACAUAGCAAACACAACAAUGACGUGAGAAAAGACAGUAGGAAAUGGUAAUAAAAAAGUAUGGCGCAAUGGUUA